CAGCCAGGGGCCCGCCGCGCACGCGCAGUACACCCCUCUCCGCGCGCCUGCGCGUGGCGCUCCGAGGGCGGUUGAGGCGGCGGCGGAAAGAGGCCUCGGCUGAGCUUGGUGGUGGUGUCUGCUGUGAAUUGCUGCAGAUUUGGCAUUUCCCUCUGUAGUGUCCUGCUCUGCAGCUUGUUCAGUUUAAGACCAAGUGAUCUCAGUGGUUGAACCCUGUUGCUUCUGACCAUUCUGCCACACUUCAUCCUUAAAUUGGUCAUAGGUGUAAUUAGCCAUGGUCAAGUCUAAAAAAAAGAAAAACCAACAGAAGAAGGGGAAUUUCCAGAAUUACAGGUGGGGACCUAGAGGAAAUAUGCCCCCAUGGAUGAGAGGUCCUUGCCCAGGUGACAUGUGGGGACCCAGAGGAAAUAUGCCCCCAUGGAUGGGAGGUCCUUGUCCAGAUGACACGUGGGGACCCGGAGGAGAUAUGCCCCCGUGGAUGGGAGGUCCUUGUCCAGAUGACACAUGGGGACCCGAAGGAGAUAUGACCCCAUGGACCGGAGGUCCUUGUCCAGAUGACACGUGGGGACCCGGAGGAGAUAUGCCCCCGUGGAUGGGAGGUCCUUGUCCAGAUGACACAUGGGGACCCGAAGGAGAUAUGACCCCAUGGACCGGAGGUCCUUGUCCAAAUGACACAUGGCAACCCAGAAAGAAACGCAGAAAAUAUAUGCAGCCAAAUAUGAGCGGCCCCUGUCCUAAUAUGUGUGAUCCUAAAGAGAGCAUGUCUUCAGGACCUAAUGCACCUGACCAAAGGCAGUGUAGGACUUUUGGAGGGCCAGGAAAGUCAUCUUCUGGGAUGGAAGGAUGUGGCACUAACAGUCAGGAGAAUGAUCCAUUGCCACCUGGUAAUUGUAGCUCAGAUCAGCCCCCUUCAGAAAAUGCUGCAGAUACUCAGAGGCAUUACACAGAAGAGAGUGCUGCAAGAAUUCUCUCAAACUUUGGCUUAUCUGCUAAAGAUUUGGAGGAAUUUGGCCACUAUUCAGAUGAUCAGCUGAAGCCUGAAAACAUGGCUAUGAUUCUGAGGGACAUCGUUGAGCGCAAGAAGGCUCGUCAGUUGCCCACUUCAUCUCAGGGCAAAGAAGAGGAAACCUCUGGCGGACAUGGUGGAUCUGAUUCCCUGAUGAAAACAGGACCUGGUGUACCGUCAGCAGCUCAAUCCGCAACAACACCUGCGGCUUCGUUGAUGCCUCAGUCUUCAGGAUCUCCAUCUCCGUCAAUGAUGAACGAUUAUCAUGCUGUGUCGCCAACAGUACUUCCACACGUGUGUUCUCUGUGUAAAAUAGAAUGUGCAGAUAUCACAGGCUGGAAUCUGCAUGUGCACACUGCUGAACACUCCGAGAAAUGUGAUGAGCUACGCCAACAGCAUCCUGAGUGGAAUCCAGAAGAAUGCUCUUCGUUACAGAGACAUGAAGGCGACAAGAAGGAAAAACAUAUUCCAAUACCAUGCUCUACCAGUUCUAACCCAAACACUUCACAGCACUCAAUUCCUGGCCAUGCCUCAAGUCAGACUCGGUCACGAUCUAUGAGCCCUGGGCCCAACAGCAAACGGUCACGAUCUAGGAGCCCCAGAUGUAGGUCCAGGUCUUCAGAGCGACCAAGCUCCCCCAGCUUGAGUUCUCAAAGCUCUUCUAGCCAGAAGAGAGAACUGAGAAAAUCAACUAGAUCUCCAGCGUCGUCUGCAGAAGCAGGAAGCUCCAGGGAACCUCCAUCCAAAUCUGAUGUGGCAGAACAACAACCCAACAAGUCGGAGCAUCCACUGCAGACAAAUCCCGGCCACCAGGAGCCGCCCAAGAAGGAGGCAGCAACGCAGGAACAAGGAGACCGGCAACCUCCAUCCAAAUCUGAUGUGGCAGAACAACCACCCAACAAGUCGGAGCAUCCACUGCAGACAAAUCCCGGCCAGCAGGAGCCGGCCAGGAUGGAGGCAGCAAUGGAGGAACAAGCAGACCGGCAACCUCCAGCCAAAUCUGAUGUGGCAGAACAACCACCCAGCAAGUCAGACCAUCCACUGCAGACAAAUCCCGGCCAUCAGGAGCUGCCCAAGAUGGAGGCAGCAACGCAGGAAGAAGGAGACUGGCAACCUCCAUCCAAAUCUGAUGUGGCAGAACAACCACCCAGCAAGUCAGACCAUCCACUGCAGACAAAUCCCGGCCAUCAGGAGCUGCCCAAGAUGGAGGCAGCAACGCAGGAAGAAGGAGACUGGCAACCUCCAUCCAAAUCUGAUGUGGCAGAACAACCACCCAGCAAGUCAGACCAUCCACUGCAGACAAAUCCCGGCCAUCAGGAGCUGCCCAAGAAGGAGGCAGCAACGCAGGAACAAGGAGACCAGCAAAAGGAGACCAGUAAGAAGACCAGGGCAAGGAAACGAGGAAAAAAGAGACCAGCCAAAUCUAAUGUGGCAAAACCUCCAGCCAAAUCUGAUGUGGCAGAACAACUACCCAACAAGUCUGACCAGCCACUGCAAACAAAUCCCGACCAUCAGGAGCUGCCCAAGAUGGAGGCAGCAACGCAGGAACAAGGAGACCGGCAACCUCCAUCCAAAUCUGAUGUGGCAGAACAACCACCCAGCAAGUCAGACCAUCCACUGCAGACAAAUCCCGGCCAUCAGGAGCUGCCCAAGAUGGAGGCAGCAACGCAGGAAGAAGGAGACCGGCAACCUCCAUCCAAAUCUGAUGUGGCAGAACAACCACCCAGCAAGUCAGACCAUCCACUGCAGACAAAUCCCGGCCAUCAGGAGCUGCCCAAGAUGGAGGCAGCAACGCAGGAAGAAGGAGACUGGCAACCUCCAUCCAAAUCUGAUGUGGCAGAACAACCACCCAGCAAGUCAGACCAUCCACUGCAGACAAAUCCCGGCCAUCAGGAGCUGCCCAAGAUGGAGGCAGCAACGCAGGAAGAAGGAGACUGGCAACCUCCAUCCAAAUCUGAUGUGGCAGAACAACCACCCAGCAAGUCAGACCAUCCACUGCAGACAAAUCCCGGCCACCAGGAGCUGCCCAAGAUGGAGGCAGCAACGCAGGAACAAGGAGACCGGCAACCUCCAGCCAAAUCUGAUGUGGCAGAGCUCCCACACAAGUCAGAGCAUCCGCUGCAGACAGACCCUGGCCAUCAGGAGCUGCCCAAGAAGGAGGCAGCAACGCAGGAACAAGGCGACCGGCAACGUGAAGAUCAGUUGCGCUCGUCGUUGACGCCUCUUGUAGAACAAAGUGUCAUGCAGGCCCUGUCGCUGCUGCAGCCUGGAGGCGCAGUGGGUGCUGGACUCACCCAAGGAACAAGCUUGCCCCCCGUUGUGCAGAUCGAUCCAGCAUCCCUUGUCUCCAUGAUGCAGCUGGUUGCAACACAGGUGGUGCAAGCUGCCUUAGCCUCCAAGGAGGCCUCAAGUGUGCGGGAAAGCCCAAGUGUGGCUGGCCCAAGCCCCCAGUUAAGUAUCCCUGCAGGAAGCGAAGAAAAGAAGCAGGAGAGCAGUCAGGAAGUCGUUCCUCCUUGCUCAGCAUGUGUGGAAAGAUCAGAGGCUUCAGGUAGUAAAGGGGACUUGUUCACCUCGACCUUGUUCACCGUGCCAUGGCUUCAGAAGGAAGAUGCAAGACCUCCGAAGCAGAAUCUUCCAGCGGAGAUACCUGCAGCAUGCGUGGAAAGAUCGGAGGCUUCAGGUAGCAAAGGGGACUUAACUCCCUCAACCUUGUUCACCGUGCCAUGGCUUCAGAAGAAGGAAGAUGCAAGACCUCCGAAGCAGAAUCUUCCAGCGGAGAUAUCUGCAGCAUGCGUGGAAAGAUCGGAGGCUUCAAGUAGUAAAGAGGACUUGUUCACCUCGACCUUGUUCACCGUGCCGUGGCUUCAGAAGGAAGAUGCAAGACCUCCGAAGCAGAAUCUUCCAGCGGAGAUACCUGCAGGAUUGGCCACCAAGAAGGUAUGGAUUUGCGGGCACAGCGUUGUGUAUUGGGCCGAAGUCCGCGCAGUUUCGUCCAGGUGGGGGAGCAACCUGGGCUUCCCCUCGAAUAUAGAGCUGUCGUGGAUCGGCCAGAGGGGAAUGAGGUGGCAUCAGCUCCUACCAUUGCUGACUGCUCGGAUCUCUACGGUGGGCCCACCUGAUAUCAUCAUCUUUCACCUGGGUGAGAACGAUGUGGGCGGACAAAAGAUUUAUGACCUAGUCAAGGCUAUCACUGAAGACUUGGAGACCUUGCACUUUCAAUACCCACGGAUCAGCCUCUGUUGGUCCGAGCUACUGGAGAGGCAGCGCUGGCCUAUUAUUCCGAGGCCUGGCACCCCGGAACCGCAGCAGGCAUCCGUGAACAAAUCAAGGGACAGAAUAAGGCAGAAAGUGAACAAAGGCAUAACGAACAAGGUGCAGCUGCUGGGUGGCUGGGUCAUCCGACACCCUGACAUCACAGUCAAACGAGAGGCCUUAUUCCGACAGGAUGGGGUAGACCUCUCCGAUGAGGGACUUGAUGUUUGGUUGACUGACCUGGUGGGAGGCCUAAAGUAUUGUUUUCAGAUGUGAGCGGUUUGGCGGCGAGCAUUUGCUUGAGGGCCAGUUGAUGCAUUGGAUAGGUGUAGUCUUGGAUUGAGGGGAGGCUGUAGCCUCUGCCUGCCCCUCCGGAAAAGGGAUCCGGGAGAGAUGCUUCUGCCCAGAUGCCCAGGUGGGGGCUAGGGCCAUAGCACUCCCCAGGUGCAAUCCAGCAAGGGAUUUACUCUUUGAUGCAGGUCAAGAACUUGCUCACUUCCAGUUGACCCCAAAUUAAGUCCUUCCGGCAGACGGGCCAGAAAUUGUUGGUUCUCCCUGAUGUCUAUGUGAAACCUCUUACACCAGUAGUUAAUAAAGCCAUGACCUGAUUUCACCCAAA